AUGGUAAAUCAGGGAUUGAUGUAUCCUCAAGGGUAUCCCCAGUUUGCUUCUACUCCAGUUAUUGCUCAGGAGGCUCCUCGGGGUGUUCAACUUCUCAAUCAUCAAAUUAAUCCUCAGACUGCGAAUCAAAUUGCUUUUGGUUCAGAUCAUAAUAGACAAGCAGAAUUUCGGUUACUAGAUGAAAAGAUCAGAGCCAUUGAAGGCUUCUCUGCUUAUGGUAUAAAUGCUAAGGACUUGUGCCUAGUUCCCAAUAUGGUCCUUCCUCCUAAGUUCAAAGCCCCAUACCUACCAAAAUACACGGGUUUAAGAUGUCCAAAAAGGCAUGUCAUCAUGUACUGUAGGAAGAUGGCAUCCUACAUUGAUAAUGAUGAUCUUCUUAUUCAUUGCUUCCAAGACAACUUAGUUGGGAAAUCCUUAGAUUGGUACAUGGGCCUGGUACGCAAUAAGAUUAGAUCUUGGAAGGAAUUGUCUGAAUCCUUUCUCAAUCAAUACAAAUAUAACCUGGACAUGGCUCCCACCAGGUUACAACUACAAAAUCAAGCUUGCAAGGGCAACGAAACAUUCAAAAAAUACGCUCAGAAAUGGCACGAGAUGGCUUCUAGAGUUAAACCUGCAUUGACAAAUGCCAAAUUGGUUGAUAUCUUCAUGAGCACACUCCAAGGUUUGUACUACGAGAAGAUGUUUGGUAGUUCGUCGUCCAACUUUGACGACAUAGUAACCAUUGGAAAACGCAUCGAGAAUAGGCUGAAAACCGGAAAGAUUGCUAAUAUUGACAGCCAGUCAGUGGCCAAGAAAUCUAAGGGUUUUGCUAAGAAGAAAGAGGUUAAGGCAAGUGAUAUGAUAACAAAUGUUUACCCUUCAGUUCAAGCACCUAUGGAUCAUAUUCCAUACUACCUUUAUCCAUACAUUGCCGCUGCUCAGUAUCAGCAACCUGCAUACCAGCCGCAGUAUCAACAGCCUCCACGGGUCCCAGUCUCUCAAAAUCAACAAGAUAACAGAAACCAGAGUCAAAGUCAGCGCAGGCGGUUUGAUAUAAAGCGUUAUCAUCGUGACCCGAUCCUUGUGUCAUAUGCUCAAUUACUCUCUUACCUUAUUCAGCAAGGGGCAAUCUUGCCAAAGGAGAUUCCGCCUGCUACAUUCUCGUAUCAUGCAAAGCACAAUCCUAAUGCUUUGUGUGCCUACCUAGUCGGGCAUAUAGGACAUUAUACCGAGGAUUGUUGGCCUCUCCAGUCAAGAGUACAAGAGCUUAUUGACCAUAAGGUUUUUUAA